AUGCACAUCCCCUCGACCUCGUACUCGGUCGCCUACUCGCACAUCCUCUCGCGCGCCCGUGGAAGCCCAGCAUGCACGACCUACCUCUUUGUCGCGCCAGACGUAGACGCGCUCUGUGCCGCGAGGCUGCUCAGUGGGAUGCUCAAGACGGACGAUGUCGCGCACCAGACGGUGCCCGUCGGGAGCUGGGUGCAGUUGCAUGAGGAGGCGUUGCAGCUCAGGGACGAGGACGUCCGCAACCUCCUCCUCAUCGGCUUCGGUUCCACAGCCGACCUCUACGCCCUCUUCGGACCCCCAGACUCGAUCACCCCCGGCGCACUCGACUUUCCCCCCUCGUGCAUGGUACACGUCCUCGAUUCUCACCGUCCCAUCAACCUCUCGAAUCUAUUCACGCGAUCCGACUACGCCCGCGCUGUGUUCGAUCCGCGGAGACAGAGGCAGGGAGCGAGGGCGCCUUGGAUGGGCGGAGGGGGAGGGCUGCCGCAGGAGGAGCUUUCUGUGGUUGUUUGGGACGAGGUGAGGGAGCAGACGGAGGAGGCGGCCGAGGACGGCGCGGUCGAGGAGCCGUGGAAGAAAGAGCGAGAGGCGUGGGAGGAACUCGAGCCCUACCCACCAUCCGACUCGGACGACUCAGACUCGGAAGACGAGCCCGAAGACCCCGACUCGGGCGACUCAGACGACCCCGACUCUCAACGCUCGAAGCGAAAACGUCGACGAACCGAUUCCCCCAAGCCUUUGACGCGAGAACAGCGGAGGGCGUAUAGGGCGCAGUUGGCCAAGUAUGAGGCCAAGGGGUCGUCGUAUGGCCAGUCGGUCGCGGGGAUGAUGUACGUCCUGGCUGAGGGACUCGGUCGAGCGGAUCUCGAUGCAGUCUGGCUCGCGAUUCUCGGCUUGACCUACCAGUUCACCAACGCCCUUCUCGACCUCUCAACCUACGAGCUCCUCCAACCCCUCUUCUCGACCGAAGUCGCCCGCCUCUCCUCCUCGCUCGCCGCCCUCCAAACACACACAAUCUCCUCGACGCACUCGAGUUCCUCCGAACGCGACCGCUCGAUCCGACCGAGCGAGGAACUGCGCGUGUGUUUGUUCAGGCAUUGGAAUCUGUACGACUCGAUGUUCCAUUCGGCGUAUUUGGGGGGCAAGAUGAAGCUUUGGACGGUCGAGGGGAGGAAGAAGUUGAGUGGGUUGCUCGCCAAGAUGGGCCUCUCACUGCAAGAAUCGUCCGAAACCUACGCCCACAUGUCGACCGAUCUCAAGACCUCUCUCUACCCCAAACUCUCGGAACAGAAAGCCGCCUACGGAUUGUGGGACUUGACUUUCCCUUCCUUCGUCCGCAAAUCAGGCUGGCGAGUCGACCUGUCUGCCUCGGACUGCGUCGAAGCCCUCGCGGCGAUCCUGGAGGCUGCGACGGGCGUACGGUUGGAUUUCGAUGCGGCUGUUGAUGGGCGACGAGCGUUGGUUGGGACUGCUGGAGGCGCGCCGGAAGGAGGAGGGAUGGGCCAACAUAACGCGGCUACGCAGCAUGGCGGACGGGAGGAGUGGGCCGAGGGGAUCAAGAGUUGGGUUGCGAAAGGCGAGGACAAGGAGAAUCGCAGGCCGGUCCAAGCCGGGGAGCAGGAGGAGAUGACGGAUCAGGAGAAGAGGGAGAAGCGCGAUAGGGACGAGAGCGAGGCGAGGAGGAGGAACUUUUGGUAUGCGUGGGACGCGCUCGAUCCGGAAGACACCACCCUCCUCCGCCAAGCGCUCCCCCUCUCGAUGGCUCUUCACCGCGCCGUCACCUCCCAAGGCUCCUACAUCCUCGACAAAGCCGCGAUCCGCACUCUCCGCACCUACCGACUAACCGUGAUCAAAGACGGACCGGACCUCGUCGUCUUCCAGCACCCUUCGACGCUCCUCCGCCUCGCGCACUGGCUCGUCGACUCGAUUCGCAGUAUGCUUGAGCAGCAAGCGGCGGGAGGGAACGGCGGCGGAAAGAACUUGCCGUUCGUCCUCGCGGCGCUCAACGAGCAGACGGACAAGUUCCUCGUGGUCGGAGUCGUUCCGGCUGACGAGUUUGGCGAUGUUCGACGGAACCGCUUCGGCCAAGCUUUCGAGGAGGCCGCGAUGAAAUCCAAGGCCAAGGCCCAACAGCGCUACUUCGACGCCAGCGUCGUCGAAGUCCGCCGCGACGACUUUGACAAGUUCCUCAAGGACCUCAGCAUGGGUUGA